AUGGCGGGUGACGCAUGCUGGCAAAUAGAUUUGACUGACAGUGUUUCGAGUUCAAGCCACUCACCAGUGAGGGAGCUUUUUGAGAUUGGAGUUAUAAGUGAAGCAAGUGAAUCACGAGAGUAUCCGUAUCCUUUUGAGGUUCAAGUUACUAGAAUGAAUAAGAACCCAAAACAAAUGAGAAUCAGCGUCUUAAGUCGCGAUGAUGAGAGGUUUUACUGGGAAUCGCAGCAAUAUGACGAAUGUUUACCAGUUAUUUCUGAUAUCAAAGUAAUGAUCUAA